AUGCCUUGGGCACGCUUCAUCUACAACGUGGCAACCCAGCAAAAACAUACAAAGUGGAUUGCGCCUCUUCUGGUUCUGGGCGAUGCGCUCCUUUGCGCCCUGGUAAUAUGGAAGAUCUCCUACACCGAGAUUGACUGGUCAACAUAUAUGCAGCAGAUCUCACUAUACAUCUCCGGAGAACGCGAUUAUCCCUCCAUUAAAGGAUCGACGGGUCCCCUCGUAUAUCCCGCCGCGCAUGUUUACGUCUACACACUCCUGUACCACCUCACCGAUGAAGGGCGGGACAUUCUCACUGGACAAAUACUCUUUGCUGGCAUUUAUCUCUCUACAUUGGUUCUUGUUCUUGGUUGCUAUCGAAAGACUGGAGCCCCUCCGUAUCUCUUCCCCCUCCUGGUGCUUUCCAAGCGGCUACAUAGCAUUUUCAUGCUGCGCAUGUUCAAUGAUGGAGUCGCGGCCUUUGCGAUGUGGCUUUCCAUAUGGCUCUUCAUGAAGAGACAGUGGACUCUGGGAGUCGUGGCGUGGACCUUGGGCGUUGGUGUCAAAAUGACUCUAGUGCUGUUUGCUCCGGCUAUUGCCGUGAUCACUCUGCUAAGUAUUGGCUUGACACGCAGCGUGUGUCUUGGAGCCAUAGCCUUGCAGAUUCAGUGGUGUCUUGGGAUGCCAUUCCUCACAAAGAACGCGGCCGGCUAUGUUUCGCGGGCCUUUGAGUUGUCCCGACAGUUUAUGUUCAAAUGGACGGUGAAUUGGCGAUUUGUAGGGGAGGAAACAUUUCUUUCCAGAGAAUUCUCCGUGGCUCUUUUGCUGCUACAUGUUUCUAUCUUAGCCCUCUUCUCCAUCGGCUGGGCAAAGCCGUCUGGAUCAAAUGUGUUCCGCUUCCUCCAGGACAUUAUCCAGGGUCGCCAACAGCAAGUGGUCCUUUCGAACUCCUUCAUCAUGACUACUAUGCUGAGCUCCCUGGCCAUUGGUAUGCUGUGCGCCCGAUCGCUGCAUUACCAGUUUUUCGCUUAUUUGGCAUGGGCUUCUCCGUUCCUCCUCUGGCGCGCCGGUCUUCAUCCAGUCCUUAUCUAUGUUGCAUGGGCGCUGCAGGAGUGGGCCUGGAAUGUAUACCCCAGUACCAAUGCAAGCUCGGUGGUUGUGGUUUUGUCCCUCGCCUUCCAGGUGUUUGGUGUCUGGGUCAAUGGACAUGAUGUAGCUAUGAAGCCAGCAGUUGGCCGCAAGGAAACCCGUACUCAAUAA